AUGGCAUUUGAAAAGAAACUUUUCAUUUUUGUAGAUCUCGAUGAGCCACUCGUUCUGCGGGAGAUAAAAUUAGCCGGCUUUUUGGAUGCUACUAAAGCCGGUGAUGACGUUUGGCAGAACUAUAACUGCAGAAAGCCUAAUAUUAGUGUCGGUGCUACAGUACCAUUAAAGUUGCCACAAUCUAUUGCAAAACCGAAAGUUUGGAAUAUAAGUGCCAAUGACGAAGAUUUGAUCGACGAAGAUGCUUUACUGGAAGAGGAGGAUUACUUAAAACCUGCACCUGCUUCCCUCAAAGGUGAUUUUUUACAGAAUUUUUUUUUCCUGGAAUGUUUUUUGUUAAAUUCUGAAUGA